AGUGGCAGCACGCAAAGCCGCGAAAUCGCGCGUGGAAAUUGUUUAUUUUGUUAUUAAUCUUAUAAUUUAGUUAUUUAAGCGAGAGCAAGACAAUGCCCAUCGUGGAAAAGUAUGUCAUCAAAGACUGGAAGCGCCUUUGGCAAAUGGUGUCGGGCAUCCACCAUGAAACGCCAAGGGCCAUGGUGCGGGAAGAGCUGAUGAGUGUGUGCAGUGAACUGCAGGCCGGCGUGCUGCAGUUCAAGCCGAAGAGUGCAUCCGACGUCCAGCUGGAAGCUCUUCUGAGAGACAAGAAGCAGGAGAAGCUGCUGUCGUUCACAGAGCGACUCCAGGACCUGCUCAACAUCGAGUCGGCACAAUGCUGGGAGAUAUUAUGCUACUAUCUGACCCAAGAGUACCGCGGCUCCGCCAGUCUGCUAACCCAGCUCAUAUCUACAGAGACGUCUAUGGCCAAGCUGCUGGCGGAUAUUGGACACUACUACUCCCUGGAGCGCAUGAUUGUCCUGAAGAUUGUGAAGAACCUGAUCGUGUUCUACAGUGUGCCCAACCACCCGUACCACAAGGAGUAUCGCGAAGUAGUGGAUAAGUUAACGCUGACUCGGCUGCGGGACUCGUACCUCGAUCAGCUGGAGAGUCUGAUCAAUGAGCAGCCACCGCGAAAGCUGACGGCGGGCGAAUGCUUCCACUCCUCCGACAAUCUGAAGGCCUGGUCCGAGCGCAAUUCGCGCGAGGUCAGGGAAGUGCUGCACAUCCUGCUACUGAUGACCGAGCACUUGCCAAUGGGGCUGGGACAGAUCAAAAGGCUCUUUUCCGUUUUCAAGCAGCACUCUUUUGGUCGCACGCACAAAGGCCUGGACGAGGGCAAUGCCUACCAUCAGGAAUUGAGGCGGAGUCUCACCUACUCGGAGAUGGCGCUACUGCUGAGGUGCUUAGACUUCGAGGAUCCCCGCGAAAACGGCGAGCUCAUUGAGAAACUAGUCGAUUGCCUUGAUGUGGACAUAACCAGCAUGUACCACCGGCAAGAGCAUGGGCCGAUGCUCCUGUUCUGGAUGCUCAUGCGUUUGCGUGGCACCAACGACGCCGAUGAUGCAUCCAGUUUGCUCCGAUGCCGACAUCUUGGCAAGCGCGCCGUGGAUCUGAAAUGCUUUGUCGAGCUCCACUCGAUUGUCACACAUCCGAUGUUCUCGGACGACAGUCUCCUGUCGCGGAUUGUGCGCAAGACCGUCUACAACCAGGUGGGCUACAUGUGCGAUCUCUUCGACGGUGACGGCAGUUGUGCCCGCCACGAGGGCAUCUACGAGUUGCUAAACGAGCUCUUGUCCUGGCCGCAGCUGGCCAAGGAUUUCUGCAGUCGUGAAGAUAAAGGCGCUCGCUCGCUGUACACAACUCUGUUGGAGAACUUUCCCCUGGACUUUACGAAUCUGGCCAAGCUGGGACAGGCGCUGACCAAAGGGGGACAGCGAAACUAUAUCAAGAAACAGCUGGAGUCUUUGCCCAUACUGGCGCUCAUGUACGAUGAGCGGGAGCACAAACUGAAUGAAGUGGACACGGAUGAUUUUGAAUUGACGGCCAGCGUUCGCCCGUAUCCGCGGAUAGACUUCACCAUCCCCGUGGGCACCAGCUGCACGGCCGUACAACAUCCCACGGGCUGCUACAUGCACUUCCGCACACAAGUAAACUUCUUCGAUGCACUGCACCACGAGAUGAACUGCCUGCUGAAGGAGACGGGCCAUCUGCACGGCGACUUUGAGACCAACGAUCGCAUACGUCGCGUGGAGGCGGGCCUGAAGUUUCUGGAGUGCGCAGUGCAGUGCACGCAAUCGGUGGAGGGCAUCAGUGCCGAGAUGGUGCAUCCCACCGAGAUGUGCAUUGAUCUUUUGAACAAAUUCAAGACGGUGCAGUGCCCCCCAGUGGGACUAUUGUCCACAUGCCUAAACGUUUGCACGGCGCUGCUGCCGCUGGUGGACGAAGAGAUAUUCGCGCGCGUGAGCAACUUGGGCAUCCUGCCCAGCAUUUCUGAUGGCUCAGUGGCUGACUACAAGCUGUAUGCCAGUGGCAGUGCCGCCUGCUUCCAGGCGCGCUUUCUUGGCUGCAUCAUAGACAAUGUGGAGAAGAAACUCGAACGCUACGACUUCCUGCUCGCCUACCUGGCCUUCCUGCGCACAUACACGAAACUCAAGCGCAAUCGCUACAUGCAGGUGGAGCUCCCUGGCCUGAUCUUCGUGCUGCGCGACGUAUUUCCCCACGUGCAAGCCUGGCACUUCCGGUCGCAUCAAGACAAGAACAAUAUCUACUUUGAGAUUCUCAGCUACAUCUGCGACAUACUCGACCUAAUCAGCACCGGCAGUAAUCCGCGCAGCGAGGACCGCGAGCUCCUCCUGAAGGUGUGCAUCUACUCGCUGCUGAAUCUGGAGAACGGCAUAAUUCUCCUCAGGUUCGUGGGCGUGGGCAAUUCCUACUUGCAGAACUCCAUGGAGCUGGAGACGAACUGGAUGCAGCAGCAGCCGCAGGGCCUGAUGAUGCUGGUGCGUCUCUCGAUGCGCAUUCUAAUGCAGUUGUUGCGGCUGAAGGGUACGGUGUAUGGCCACAACGAAUCGCUCUCGCCGCUGGAGGCCUUGAUAUACACCCAGCCGAAGCAGAGGGACACGCUGCGCAUCAUUCCGACUGUGUGUAGUUAUAUGAGUAACAUCUUCGACAGAUGGCUGCCCAUCCUGUCGUGUCGUCUGCUGAAGCGCAUUGCCUUGGAGUUCAACAUGUCUCUGCUCGCAUGCCUCGACAUGGAGCCCGACCAGAUCAGGCUGACCUUCAUACAGAAGCUGCCAGACGAGCUAGAGAGCGACUCAAUCAAGAUAGCCAUUCUGGAGCUUGUGGAUGCCUGCAUUGCCAAGCAGCCGGGCGUGACCGAAGCCUUUUUCAAAGUAAACUACGGCGAGGACAAGAGCUCGCGUUCGUUUUUCGGCAAGGAAUGUCAGCCGACAAUUGGCGAGAGCAUUGUUACCUACAUGAGGGAGUUCCUCGAUGCCCUCGAGCAGGAGCCACUCACCAUACAACAGCCCCUGCCCAAAAAGAUCAUGAACAUCUUUCACUCGCUGUGGAAGCACAAUCUCCAGAUGCUGGUCAGCGAUUUGCUGAAGGAGUCGAAAUUCUGGCAACAGCUCUGCUCGCCGCUCCUCUGCCAAUUCGAGCCGAAUAUCCGCGUCUACACCCAGAUCCUGAACAUUGUGUCCAUCGAAGUCUACACGUGCAACGGCGAGAAUGACGCUCUCAAGGAAGUACUGACAAAGUUCUUUGAGAUCAAACACUUUGGGCAGUGGCUGAACUAUGUUUUCGACAUACCCAAGGCUCCCGCCGUUGCCUGCUCGAGCUCCGACGAGCUGCCGGUUUGGAUUUGCUGCCUGCAGGCGUUCAAGGAUAUGAUUGUCAUAAUGCUGAAGAAGCAGCCAAAGCUCAUGAGUAUCCCGGAGCCACAGUUCAAGCUGAUGGCCAAAAAGUGCCUGACGGUGUUGGUCGAUCGUUCGCACUAUCUGGAGGACAUGCGUCCGUUUAUAAUGCUCGCCGAGCUGUAUGUGUUCAUUCUGCUGAAGCUGAAUCAGUCGUACACGAACAGUGACAAGGAGGACCAGGAGCUGAUGGAGCAGUUGCUGCAGCUGAUGAGCCGCAUCUGCUCCUGCUACGAGGACCUGCACGUGCGUGCCAAAGAGGCCUGCCUGGCCAUCAUCACCAAGAGCGCCCAUCUGUACACAAGUCUGCUCAUCCGCGAUGCGUCCAUAUCCCUGGGCUUCCUCAACUCUGUGGUCAGCAUCAUCUGCACCGAGCUGCAGAGCAUGGAGAACUCGGUCAGUCUGGACAGGAGGCAGUCGGUGGAGAAUGCCGACAGCACGGGGUCCACCAACUCUUUGAUUCUGUGCCUCAAUCUGCUCAAGACCGUCGCCACUAUAUUCCACAGCGAAGGACCCGGAAACUGGGACCUGCCCUUUGUGUCCGUCCGCCUGUUCCAACGUCUUCUACGCUGCAUCGGCCACACUCUGCCGCUGCACAACAAGCAGGUGCUCACCGUCCACCUGCUGGACGUCCUGAUCGUGUUCGCCAAGAGCCACUGCUCCGUGGAGUUUCUGCACUGCGAUAUCGGCGAGUACUUGUGGCUAAGCCUUCAGCCGCCGCGCGAGCUCGUCCAGGCCAAGUACGAGUUCAACAAGCCCACCGCGGAUGCGGAAAGCUGGACCCCGGAGCACUGGUGGCCCGUCUAUGCCCGGGGCAUUGAGCUCGUAAACAUCAUCUACGACAAGCACAAGGGAUGCUUCCUGAAAACUGCCCUGCAAUUUGUGGGCAUACACGAGGUCUAUCUGGUGGAUGCCAUGCUGUUGAGCAAGCAGUCGCUGGAGCCGGCUGCCAUGCAGCUGAUCAAGGCCACCGUCUCGCUGGUGGCCAGCCUGACGGAGCACCACAAGGAAUGGGCGCAGGAGCACAAAACGUCGCUCAUGAAUAUAAUGCGUGCGAUGCAAACCCUGCUGUGCCACGUCUCCACCCUGUUCCACCAACAGCGCAAUCUGAAGUGUCUCCUGGCGGGCAGACACUGCCAGCUGGAGAUCCUGCGCAGCACCGCGCCCAUUGUGAUUGACGAUGACCUCAUCUCGGCCUGCAACGACCUCACCGACAUCAUCAUCUACUGUACCAAGUCGCUGCUCAAAUUCAGCCCCGAUUUGAUGGAACUAAUCUGCUCCAGUGUCUACGAGCCGUACAAAUGGUCACCGCUGCUCGACGUGAAGUUCGGAGCGCCCAAGCUGAGCGAGGAAAAUGUAACGCUGACCUUUAGCAUGAUCCUGAACAUGGUCAGCAUUUAUGUGAAGGCCCUCAAUAUGCAAAAUCAUGGGUUCAGCGAGCUGCCCAUCAACACCCUGCCCAAUGUCAGCCAGGAGGGUGGCGAGGCGGCGGACAACGAAUGUGCAUCCAACCAGGCUGUCCAGACCAACCGAACCUUCUCCAAGACAAUAUCGAGCACCUCCAUUGUAUCCGCCAGCUGUCCCGCCAGCGAGCUGCUCUCGAACAUGGACAGCCAUCUCUGCCUGCUGGCCCUGGAGCACCUGCUCAUGUUUGUGGCGUCGCAGGGCAUUUACAUGAUUCGGUCCACAGAUCUGGAGCCGCGCUGGAAGCAGAUUGUGCGGCGGGACAUCAGCAACGAGCUCCUCUGCUUCCACGAGUUCGUGCGUCGCAAGGUGAUCGCCGACAGUCGCGACUCGCGUUCCCCCUGGCUGCGACGCAAGCACGGGCUGUUCAAGCUGAAUUUCCUGGAUCCGACUCGGAGCUCCAGCUCCCCCAGCAGCAGCCGCAGCACCGAUGUAGUACGCCGCACCAGCACCGCCCCCGCCAACGAGCUACGGGUGAAUGUGGUCCGACGGCUGCAUCUGCAGCAGCAGCAUCGCACACCGGCUGCUGGCACGAACAACUUUGACAUGACGCGCGACCUGAGUCCCAUAGCGGCGGGACAUGGUCCGGCUGCCGCCCAGCACUUGGCCACCUCGUCCACACCCCGACAGGGAAUGGACGGAAGCACCAAUGAUAGCGCGAUGGACUUGGGCAGCAGGAAGCGCCUGUAUCCGGGUGAAAACUACCAGCCGGACGAACUGGCUCCCCUGGAAGUGCAGUACUUCCCGCCUCCGACGGAGCCCGGUUUCUGUGAGCAGUCCCAGGUCCAGCUGGUGGAGGAGGACUACCUCAAGCUGAUGUCGUUGCUCUUCGUUGUGAUACCGACCAGUGAAUGAGCCAUCCAUCUUUCCUCCUGUUUCUCGAGCAUUUGCAGAUGGUUUUAAUAAAGUUUCCACACAUCCACACAUC